AUGAGCGCUUCGGCACCGUUCGGCUCCGCAAAACGCACAGAGGAACUCCUCUCGCUGUCCUUCAACCAGGACAGCGGCUGCUUCGCGUGCGGCACCGACGGGGGCUUCCGCAUCUACAACUGCGACCCAUUCAAGGAAACCUUCCGCAGGCGCUUCGACAGCGGCGGGAUCGGGCAGGUCGAGAUGCUCUUCCGCUGCAACAUCCUCGCGCUCGUGGGCGGCGGGCGAUCGCCGAGAUUUUCCCCGAACAAGGUGAUGAUCUGGGACGACCACCAGAGCAGGUGCAUCGGCGAGCUCUCCUUCCGCGUCGAGGUACGGGCGGUGCGACUGCGCCGAGAUCGCGUCGUCGUGGUCCUGGAGCACAAGAUCUACGUCUACAACUUCGCCGACCUCAAGAUCCUGCACCAGACCGACACCGUCGCCAACCCGCUCGGCCUGUGCGCCCUAUCCCCGACGCAGGACAGCACCGUCAUGGCGUGCCCGGGCCUGAACAAAGGCCAAGUCAGAGUCGAACUCUACGACUUGGGCGUCACCAAAUUCAUCUCGGCGCACGACGGCGAACUCGCGCAGCUGCAACUCACCCUGGACGGCGCCCUGCUCGCGACCGCCUCGGAGAAGGGGACGCUCAUACGCGUCUACGACACGGCGAGCGCGACGCUGAUGCACGAGUUCCGCAGGGGCGCGGACCGCGCCACCGUCUACUCCAUCGCGUUUGCGCCGGGCAAAGACUUUUUGGCGGUGAGCUCGGACAAGGGCACCGUGCACGUCUACGUCGUGCCGGAACGGGCGAGCGGCUCCAAUCAGGAGGGCGGCGUCGUCGACGCGAAAGCCGCGUUCUCCUUUGUCAAGGGUUUCCUCCCCAAGUACUUCAGCAGCGAGUGGAGUCUGGCGCAGUUCAAGCUGCCGGACUUCACGAGGUCCUUGGUGGCGUUCGGACCGGAGCCCAACACCCUGAUCGUCGUCACCGUGGAGGGGACGUAUUACAAGGUGGGAUUCGAUCCGAAGAGCGGCGGCGCCUGCGCGCAAGUCGCGUUUUCGCGAUUUUUGAAGACUGCGGAGGAGGAGGAGGAGGGGGGUUGGGGCGCGGUUCGGGACGUGAGGUGA